GAGAUUUAUGUCAACAUGGCGGCUUCCGUCCUUGCACGACUGGGCUUUGGUGCCCUUUAUAACAGUUUGUGUGCUCCCAAGCAGCUGCACACUGUGCAGGCACUGAGGGUCUGCUGGGGUGCUGCGGAGCAAGUAAGGGGUUAUUAUGUCGACUGGAGGAUGCUGAGAGAUGUCAAGAGAAGGCAGAUGGCCUUUGACUACGCUGACGAGCGGCUGCGGAUCAACUCGCUGAGGAAGAACACCAUCUUACCAAAAGAGCUCCAGGAGUUGGCAGAUAAAGAAAUCGCAGCGUUGCCACGAGACUCGUGUCCCGUGAGGAUACGCAACAGGUGCGUGAUGACCUCCCGGCCGCGGGGAGUGAAGCGCAGGUGGCGGCUCAGCCGGAUUGUCUUUCGUCACCUAGCCGACCACAACCAAAUGUCCGGCGUCCUCAGGGCCAGGUGGUGACUCCGGAGAACGGCCAGUGGUUGAAGUGGCAUUGACGGUGUCAAGUGUGACAGCCAAUCUGCGACUGGUUUUGACAUUUUGCAGUCAUCUGAAGGCCUUCAAGGAAUGGAUCAUGACAAAAAAAAUAAAGUUUAUUGUAUUGUAAA